AUGUCGUCCACCGUCACCAAACCAUCACGAGCAAGCCUACAUCUCCAACCGGCGGAUUUUGAGAGCGUUCCUAUCAUUGAUCUCUCUAAAUUGCACUCGUCCAGCAUCUUGGAGCGACAGGAACUAGCACGCGAGAUCGACCAAGCCUGCACUCAAGUUGGCUUCUUUUACAUCAAGAAUCAUGGCAUUGCAGAGGAGCUUAUCAAUGGAGUUCAUGAGGCAGCUCAUCGAUUCUUCUCCCUUGACGAUGAGGAAAAGAUGAAGCUCUACGUGGGAAAAUCACAGCACUUUCGUGGCUACAGCCCCUUGUAUGGCGAGAAAUCGUCCAACCCCGACCUGGAAGACAACGCCCUGAAGAACGCCCCAGGGGCUCUAUCUGAAGCAUUCGAUAUCGGAUACGAAGUGUCCGGGGACCUGCAAAAGGGUUCGGACAGCCGGCUUCCCGUCGACAACUUCGGGCUUCAUGGGGACAAUCAGUGGCCAGAGGAGAGUCUCAUCCCGGGGUUUCGAGCCAUGUACCUACGGUAUUUUGCCGAGGCCCUUGAGCUUUCGAGAGCGUUGAUGAGGAUCUUCGCUUUGGCCCUGGGCCAGAGGGAGGAUUUCUUUGACUCCAUGGUGAAAUUUCCGGGAGUCACGUCGAGAAUGUUGCAUUAUCCGCCGCAGCCCGUCCAGGGACAAGAGAUCCCUGGGCUGGCAGCGCAUACGGACUACGAAUGCUUUACGAUCCUGUCGCAGGACCAUGUUCCUGCCUUACAGGUUUUGAACAGCCGGGGUGAAUGGGUGGUUGCACCUCCCAUCCCAGGGACCCUCAUUGUCAAUAUCUCGGACACGCUAUCUUUUUGGAGUAACAAGAGGUUCAAGUCAGCUAUUCACCGGGUGGCCAACCUGUCUGGAGAAGAACGAUACUCUAUACCUUUCUUCUUUGGCGUCGACUACGACAGCACUAUUUCCGUGCUCGAAAACCAAGUCUCUCCUGGUAAUCCUCCGUGUAAGGAGCCAUUCAAAGCGGGCGAGUACGUGCGCUGGAAACUUUCCCAAGCAUACAUAGGAUAUGGUGGGGAGCCUGCAGGGAUUGCUCGUACCCAAACAGCUAUAUAA